AUACAGGAGGGGUUUACCAUUGCCAUCUCCUGUACAGUAUGAGAUGAUAAUGCCUUUCAGCAUCUUCCUAUAUUGCUGCUGUCCGAUAUAGGUGUUUCAUACCAGCAGGGAUUCGAACCGGCAACCUCUGGCUUGCUAGUCAAGUCAUUUCCCCACUGCGCCAUUAGGUGGCUAAUGUAGCUCUUUCAAAAUGGGUGUAAUAUGAUCCCAGUGGGCAGCUCUGGAUAAAAUCCUAGCUGCCACAUUUUGUACUAGCUGCAGUUUCUGGAUAUUCUUCAAGGGCAGAGUGCGUUACAGUAAUCUAACUGUGACGUGACUAAAGCAUGGGUAAUUUUGCCUUCUCGAGAAAGAGACACAGCUAGAACCAGUGGCGCACCUAGCUGAUUUUGGCGCCCAGGCCGCACGGGCUUGUGAUGGUCAAUUUGAACUGUGCAGGCGUGCCUCACAGUUCUUGAGGGCCGCUGGGCCGGACGGACAGGCCCAGCGGCCACACUGCCCACUGUCACCACCACGGAGGGAAGGCCUGCUCAGCUCACUCCCCACCCCCACACACAUGGCAGCAGGGAUGUAGCUAGGGGAGAGGGGGACCAUGUUAAUCCCUCUCUCUGGCAGCCCCCCAGAGUGAGGGAGAUAAUGAAGAAAAUAGGGAGGGGUGGAGCUGGAGAGCCCUCAGGAGCUGGGGGCCCGUGUUCUUUGAACCCUUUCACUCAAUUAUAGCUAUGCCCCUGCAUGGCAGCUAAAAUGACAGAAAAGCUGCAGUUCAGCGCAGUAGCGGGGCAGCGGCAGAGCGGGUGCAGGGUGGUGGCAGGAGGCCCCCCAGUCUUUGGAGGCCUCCCAUGGACCUUGGAGGCCAUGGAUCGAGGCCCCAAGGUCCGUGGGUAAGAACGCCUCUGGCUGGAGCACUAGCCAAAGCUGUUCAUAGGCAACCCUGGCCACCUUGGGAGGAAGGUAGGCACUAUCUUGCCUUCCCCCCUGCCCCGCCCUCCCUGCUCCACUUAAAGUUUGUGUGCACAACCUUAUUAAAUACUUAUAGAGAUGACCAGUGAUAAAUCUGACCAACUGCAAAUACGAGAGUGUGCGGAGGGCUGCUAUGAUGUGCGGUCUCCGGGAGGCAGGUGAAGUUGAUGACUGGACACUGUAUUGGACAGAUUAUUCAGUCUCGCUAGAUCGGGUGAUGGAGAUGAAAAGCUAUCAGAAAAUAAAUCAUUUUCCUGGAAUGUCUGAAAUCUGUAGGAAGGACCUUCUGGCCAGGAACAUGAGCAGGAUGCUAAAGCUUUUCCCCAAAGAAUUUAACUUCUUUCCCAGGACCUGGUGUCUUCCUGCUGAUUAUGGAGAACUGCAGGCCUUUGGCCGGUCAAAGAAGCACAAAACCUAUAUCUGUAAACCAGAUUCAGGUUGCCAAGGAAGAGGCAUCUUCAUCACAAAAUCUGUGAAAGAUAUCAAACCUGGAGAGGAUCUCAUCUGCCAGCUCUAUAUCUCAAAGCCUUUUAUUAUUGAUGGGUUCAAGUUUGAUCUUCGGGUUUAUGUGCUGGUGACGUCAUGCGAUCCAUUGCGGGUAUUUAUAUAUAAUGAAGGCCUUGCACGCUUUGCAACAUCAGCCUAUUCAGACCCUUCACAUAGCAACUUGGACGACGUCUGUAUGCACCUGACUAAUUAUUCAAUUAACAAGCACAGUGCUAAUUUUGUACGAGACGAAGACUCUGGUAGCAAGAGGAAGCUGUCCACAUUUAAUAAGCACAUGGAGCAAAGCGGCUAUGAGACAGACCAGAUAUGGAAGGACAUUGAAGAUGUUGUUAUUAAAACCCUGAUAUCAGCCCAUCCUGUCAUCAAGCAUAACUAUCUCACUUGCUUCCCCAAUCACACUAUGUGGACUGCUUGCUUUGAAAUUCUGGGAUUUGAUAUUUUACUGGAUCGCAAACUCAAACCAUGGUUGCUUGAGGUGAACCAUUCUCCAAGUUUCAGUACCGAUUCGUGGCUGGACAAAGAAGUAAAAGACCAACUCCUGUAUGACACUUUGGUUCUGGUCAACUUGGGAGCUUGCGAUAAACGGAAAGUCUUGGAAGAAGAGAGACGGCGAGGGAAGGAAAGGCUCCUCAAGCAAUGCCGUAAUAGGGAAACCAGGGCCAAGGAAUACAAGAACUGCCAAGCUAAUUGGGUCCAGGAAGCUGAGAAUUAUGAGGAAAAACACAUAGGAGGCUACCGCCGAAUUUACCCCAGUUUUGAUUCAGACAGAUAUGACAAAUUUUUCCAACACAAUAAUUCAAUCUUCCAGGAAACAGCGGCUUCCAGAGCACGUGAAGAAUAUGCCAGGCAGCAGCUCCAAGAGAUUCGUCUCAAGCAGGAACAAAAAGCAUCUCUAUUGAGAGAAAAGAAGGCUGAGCUGCAGGGAGAGUCUGGUGGAGAAAAGAUAAAGAUAUGCAGGCAAAAGAUGAUGAACAAAACAGUUGUGGGGCGAGUCCCUGCCCAGCCUCAAGUUUAUUCAGAGUCUAGGCCUGGGACUGCUGUUCUGCUUGACAUUUUAUCUGAUGAGCAAGAAUCCAAGAAAGAAGUGAUUUAUGAUGAUUCAAGUAUCUCCCAGCAUGAGAACCCUCAGACAGACAGCUAUCUAGAGACCCCUGAAAACCAGCCUGUAAGGCCUUACAGUUCUGUGCCUGACCUUACUAGACAAAGUUCAUCCCGUGUCCCAGAGCAAUACAACUCCAAUUCAGAACUGAGGGAUGCCAUUAGUAGCCAUCAUUCUGCAACAGAUGUGAGCAGUAGAUCAGCACUCCAGCCAACAGAAGAGGUUACAAAAACGUAUGGUAAGAAAAGCCCAUGUCUUCCCAAACGUUUCCCGUCAAUGGCACAACUUCAUGCCGAGAAUGCAACUGCAACUGAGCAGUUUUGCUGUGAAUGUCCGGUUCCUAAAAGUGCUCGUCAGUUUGGAGGAGAUUCCUUCCGGUUUCAUUUUAGAGAAACCCUAGUCUCCCCACACUCACCUGUCCAGAGGACGAGAGUGAACAUGUCAGAGAAUGACAAAGAAAAAACCCCAAGACUGGUCUCAGAAUUGUUCAACAAGCUGAAUUUCACACCAGUGGAGAACCACCUCAGUUUCCCCCUGCAACGGCAGCCUCAUCAGUUUCUCAACCGAGCACAAAGUGCCUCUCUCCCAAGAGAAAUCAAUCUCGGAAGCAGAAGCGCUUCUUGUAGGAGACCAGCAAAGUACCGCAGUCUCCACUUAAGCACACAAAGGCCGAUGGUUCACCAGCACAGCCUGGAAGACCUUUUGGUAAUUUCACAGAUGAAGCAGCAGUCUAAGAAAACCAGUGGUUCAGUGUUGCGAAAUCAGAGGCCAGGUACCAGAAACUGAGUGGAUAUUUUGCAAACAGCACAGGGUGGUUCCUGGAACCCAAAAGAUGCUCUGUCCUACUGAGAAGCAUACUGAACUGUUUGGACUCUUCAGCCAUAUUUUUUUCCAAAUACUCUUCUAUGUAAAGGAGCUUUUGUUCCUUGCAGAAGUGCCAGGCUGCUGCUGCUGCUGUGUUGAGAACUAAAGAACACACUCCUUCACAACUCCCUAGAAGAUGAGUGCUGCAUAAAGUGAAUUUCACAUAGAAGUGGGCUAGCUAUCCGCACCGCUCCCAGUUAUAACCUCCUCUAGAUCUGCAAUAUGUGGAGUCUUGCACUGUUUUCUCCCAACUGGACCGAACCAGAUGUGACACAGUUAUUUGUCUCAUGCACCCAACUUUGUUAUUUAAAAAUGAAAAACAGCCUUGAAGUCUACGAUAAGGGAUAGAAGCCUUCCCCCCCCACCCCAGCUGUUUGUCCAUUUAGAAUUACUCCCUAGCUGCCUUUGCACCCAUAGGGAAAGAAUUCAAAGUCUCCAUAGGGAAAAAAGCAGCUUGGGAGAGACAAUUUUGAGUGGACAAAUGGUGAGAGUGAAAAGAGUUAAGCAGCUCCCACACUCCCCCUUCCGCUUCCUGUCACAGCCUCCAAGGUUAUUUUUCUUUCCUUUUUUUAAUGUCAGGAGAAAGAGACAUGCAACUGCAUGUCAUAGCCAGUUUAGUCCCAAAUUGUUUGAAAAAUGUGAGGAACUUAUUUUAGUAAAUCUGCUAGAGAGAAAUUGCAAAGAACGAACAGUUAACAGAUCUCAAUAAAGGCUUAAAGAUGGCAAAGAUUCAAACACACAAAGAUUUUCCCAGUGGAAUAAAACAGAAUCCUGUACAUCUUUGGAUUAUGUGUGCAGUGUGUCUAGCUAUAAUUAUUUCACUCUGAAUCCACUAUUUUUUCCACAAUAUACUUUGUAAUAGUUAUAUAUUUUUGAUAUGAAUAGAAUUUCCCCUCUUCCCACAACGCUGCCCCAUUGCCAUUCUCACAAUUCAGGCGGAGGGGAUGGUGGAGUGAACUUGAACUAUCCACGGGCCCCAAAUAGCUUGCAAGCUAAAGCUGGGCUGCUAUGCUCUUGGUGUGAUAUACAGACUAUUCAGAAAGAAGUGUGUUAACUGUGCAGCACAAACUUUGGUAUUUGGGUCAAAGUCCCUGGAACUACAUGUUUAUUUUAAAUAGAAGUGUAGAGUUAUGAUUACUUUGAGCCAAGGUCCUGAGACUUCCUGGGAGGGUUUAGAUUUCCUGGCUGUGCAGAAAUGUGACUAAACUGGUAAUAAGGCAAAAGAGAAUAUGGCAAUAAUAAAUGCAUACUUGAA